UUUUUUUAACCGUACAAGUUGGUGUCGUCAUUUCCGUUUCGUAGUACAACAAGGAAGCUAACGUGUUAGCAUCGAAAAUGAGUUUGUUUUUUGCCCAAAUUGAAUUCUAAAAAAGAUAUAGAUGAAGUUAUAAAAGGAGUAGCGGAGAAAGUCGUAGUUUUGAGGUUCGGGAGGGAUGAAGAUUCAGUUUGUCUCCAUCUAGAUGAGAUUCUGUCAAAAACUGCACAUGACCUGAGUAACAUGGCCUCAAUUUAUAUCGUGGAUGUGGAUAAAGCUCCCAUCUACACAAGAUACUUUGACAUCAGUUUCAUCCCCUCCACUGUUUUCUUUUUCAACGGGCAGCACAUGAAGGUGGAUUAUGGCUCUCCAGAUCACACCAAGUUUGUUGGCAGCUUCAAGACCAAGCAGGAUUUCAUGGAUCUGAUUGAAGUCAUUUACAGAGGAGCCAUGCGUGGAAAGAUGAUUGUUCAGAGUCCAAUAGAUCCUCAAAAUAUUACCAAAUAUGAUCUCCUCUACCAUGGAAUUUAGAGCCAACAUCUGCACAGUGCAGCUGUUCAGCCAUGAGGACUUCUCGCUGAGUGGACCCUCCAGUAAACGAUCUGCUAAAAAAGAAACUGAGACUUAAAUCAACAGAACAUUUUGAGGUAUUGAAGUGUCCCACAUUUGGGUCCUUUGUGUUUUUUGUUUCCCUCCAGAUGGAAAAGGAUUUAAAAAAACAUACUAGUCUUACAUUUUUGCCCUCAAGCUACAUGUAGAGGUUUUAAUCUUUUUCUUUGAUUUACAUAGUGGUCGAUAAGACUGCAGGCUUGUAAACAUUGAUGUAAACAAUGUUGGUUCAAAACUGGUUCUGCGAAUGUUUCCUGCUGAAGGGAUCGUCUGUUGUACCUCCAGGAUACACAGAUUGUUGUCUGUUUGGUGUUUGAGUCUGAACUGAAACUUUGUUUACAAGACAACUUAACAGCGUUAAAAAAAAACCAUGAGUACACAAGAACUUUGUUUACCCUGACAUCUGUGUUAGAUCAAAUCAAAAGUGAAAUUUAAAUAAAUAGAACAUCCAACACAGUUACAUUAGCUUUGUUAAGGCCUUGAAUCGACUUUAUUUACAGCAUUUGUUUAAAUUCUGGAAACAUGUUUGUCCACAAUGUUUUAUAUGUUACUUAUUGCAACUCUAAAGUCUGAAAGAUGAGGUGUGAUAAUUGAUAAAAAACCCUUUAUUUAUUUAACUUGUGUUUUCAAAAAUGCAGUGUUGUUGUGAUGUUUCCCAUGGAAAAGAAGAGCAUACCAGAAGAGAGAUACAGUUAAUGUAUAUCAUGUCUGUGCUAAGUUUUUACAAUAAACUGUUGUCAUAAAAUUCCCUCUA